CAUUAAAAAUGUUCAAUAUUUUGUGUUAUAGAUGUACCGUAAUUCAUUUAACCACUCUCCUGUUGAUGGUGAAUUGGGUUAUUUCUAAUUACUUUUUGUUAUAAAAAUGCUGGUUACCAUACUAAUUUUUUCUACUUAAAAUUUUUUAAAGCCCUGUCUCUACCUUCACUUGCACGAAGAAAGCUCUAGCUGUUAAUAUUUUCUCACGCUCAUUGUCAUUUGAAACUCGAAUAACCACUUUCAAGAUCCUCUUUUGGUAUGUGAUUACUACCAUACAUGUGAUCAACCCACAUCAUUUUCCUAUUAGUUUGAUUCAUUCUUAGGGUAUGAAUGGAAAGCAGAACUAUUUUGUGUGGUUAAACCUGUAUUUCUGAGGCAUAAGCAAAAGCUGAGAAACAAAGGAGUCAAAAGUGAUUUGUCUCAUUUUGGGACUCUUGGAAUCUCAGGAGACAGAACCUUUAGGGCAUCUUGACAUUUCAAAAAGGAAUAUACUGCAUUCUUCUGUUUAGCAACUUUGUCUAAUAAAAUGCUAGCAGAAGCCUUCCUAAUUGAACUCUCAUACAAAGAACAGAAAUAUACAAAAUUCUGCAAACCACUUACAUGUAAGAAGACCUCAAAUGAUAAAAAGGAAACAUGGAAAAAGCAGCUUUUAGAUAAAAAAGACUAUUCACUUUCCCCUGCUAAAAUGGAAUAUCAAGAAAAUGUUAUGCAAGAAAGUUUAACAGAGAAACAUAAUGAUACAAAUACAAUAAAAUCUGCGGAUGAGAAAACUGUAGAGAAAUGUAAAUGUGUACUUCUUUCAGGAAAUGGGUCAGUUGCAUUGCCUAUUCCAAAGAGAGAAGGAAAUGAUGAAAGACAAUUGGAUCUGUAUCGGUCCUGGUCGUGUACAAGUAUUUGCCAGAAUUAUCCUGACCUACAAAUUGGAGGUGACCACGUGGGAAACAUGUAUGAUUCAGGCUGCUUUGUGGAACACACACAUGACCAUGCUUUUAAUGGUCCUUUUUUACUUUCGGUGGAUAUACCAUUGGGUCGUUCUCCUAUCACUGAAUCUCUAGACAAACAACCUGCCUCAAAGCUCACGGAUGGGGAUGAAAUCCGAGAAAAAAGCAUGGUGUCUCAUAAGUUACCCCUCUCUAAUUCUAUGCUUAAUAGUUAUAUGGAAAAAAAGGUGGAUGAACUCUACAAACAAUUUUUGGAAGAAAAUCUCACGCGGUGCCACUCUAUAACCAGUCUUAUGGCUUGCAGUUUGUUAAUGAAUAAUGUAAAUCAAAUUAGCCUUCAAAUCUCUCAAGAGCAGAAUAUAGACCCAUUGAAAGUUCGGGAAACUCUUCUGCAUUCUUUAGCUGUAUGUAAUCUACGUAACGUUUCCCAUGAAAACAGUUCUGAAUUCAGCACUCCUAAUUUACAAAUCUCAAACCAGACAAGUAGAAAACUUGUGUCAUAUCUACAGUAGGAACCAAUUUUUGGUUAGGGCUGACCUUCUCUGGCUUAUUGUGUUACAUCAGACCUCCUUUUGCUUAAGUAGUUUCUUUUUAUUUACAACAUACAGGAUCUUCUACACUGACAAUCAGGAUAGCCUAUGGCAACUCAUUAUGUUUCAAGAAUGGGCGUGAGAGCAUAUCCAAGGGAAUACCUUAAACAAAAGCUGGAUAUAAGUGUUUUUAAAAAAUGUGGAGAGGGGCUAAAGGAAAAGUGGAUACUUAGCCAGUGCCAUUUGCGUUGAAAUUUGAUGUUUUUGAACUCUCCUGGGACACGUAUCAGCUUUUUUACAUCACUUUUUUUUUUUUUUUUGUUAUUCUGGGGUUAUUUCAGGGAUGGGAGGAAGAAAAAUAUACAGAUAAAGUGAACAAAGUGCAUAUAGAACCAUCAUGUAGAAAUGAAGAGACUCUCUUGGCAACUUGGAAUACUUCUCAGAUUAUCCUUAAUCAUGAUUCUGGUUUAGGAUAAAAGUCAGCAGGAUACUAUGGAAAUUUUGGAAUAUAAAUGAAAUGCAUCAACAAAACAUUGCUAAAAGAAUGGUAUGGUUUAUUGCAGAUUUGGACAUAAGACCCUACAGUUAGCAGCUCACACUUUUCCUGGAAAUCAUAAAAUGACUGACAUGUACUUUUACAUGUAAAAUAAAAUGGUAUGAAUUUCUGUUAUGAUUGUGUUAUAUAUUGAUAAGAUUUGUGCAUUAGUAGUCACGUAUUUCCCUCCAAUGAUCUGUUUGGUCUUGACUAAAUUUUAUAAACAAGGCAUCUCCAUGUUCUCACAGCUUAUUCUUGUUGAUCAUAACAAUUCUUAGUUUAAUUUUACCCUCCUCAAAUUUCUAUGAUCUAAUAGUAAGUAUUCCAGAUUUAUUUUCUGUUUUCUUCAUCACUUCUUUCCCCACCAUCCUCUCCUAUAACACUCCCAAUUCACUUCCGUCAUUCAGAAUUUUAAUGCUGAACAAUGGGUAAGGGUUUUGGAAAAACUGGCUUAGUGUCUUGUGGAUACUGACAAACAGUUGUUUGUAUGUUGUCUUUUAGAUUGUUAAAUUUGUACAUUUUCAAUACAAUAGUUACUAAAAUGAUAAAAUAUAGAUGCUAAACUAUCUUUUCUAAAGUGAAUUAAAUGUCAUUGGGCAACUUUACUGCUGUGAAUAGUUUUCUUGGGUAUACUAUUUCUGCUUCAUAAAUAUGUAUCAAUUAUUUAUGAAGCAGAAAUAUUCAUAAAUAAUGUGAUGACUGCAUAGCAUUAUAUAAAACGCUGAAGUAUUUAGCUAGUAUCAAAUUUAGAAAUACAUUUGAUGGUACUCUCAGAUUUCAUUUGUUCUUCUUGUUCAUGUCAUCAAAGCCCUUAUUAUCUAAAGAUAUUCACUUAAGGUUAAAAUGGCUUUAUAAUUUAAUCCAAUGUUUAUAUAAGGAAAGGUGAUGAAUUAAGAUUCCUUUUUAAAACUUGACCUCAUACCUGCUGACUUCAACGCUUUGAAUAAGACAGGAAUAUGAGAUUGUGAUUUAGUAUAUUUUGUCCUUAAGUAGUUAAUCUUCAUUCCAUUUUUCAUCAUGUGUAUCACUUAUGUGACUAAUAAUACUCUUUUAAAAUGUUAUUUGAAAUGUAAAAGGAAUAACAAAUUUCAUUAUGUCCCACUUUUUCAGGAGUUGCAAGUAAUAGUUUUGUGCUUCUAUGAAAAUGGAGAGUAUUAGCGAUUCAGCAGUUGGGGAUGAUCAUCGCAUUGCUUGGCAGGGAGGAAGAAGUUGAGCUGGUUAAGAACGAUGUCCAGCACAGUGCUGCUCCCCCAUCUGCAUGGGUCAGUCCAAUGUAUAUCACAUCUUCAGGUUUCAGGUCCCUAUUGGAGGGACCAGGGUGGGUUCGAUCCUGUCUCUGGUAACUUUCUGUCAGGAGUGUCCUUGACAAAUGGAAAGCAAUUCAAGAGAUAAGAGUCUAUAUUACACUCCUAGGAUUUUUUAGGCUUAAUUUGACUCAUGGAUUCGUCCCCAAAAGAAGCCAGUCUCCCUGAGGCUCUUGCGACUGGAGAUAACACUGAGCCAGUCCAUUAAAGAUGGUAACAGAUGUUCUGGCUUUUUCCAUAUUACCUUAAUAUUUGGGUCUUAUAAAACUGGUUUUAGGAAGUGGAGAAACAAAGUUAAUAGCUUUCUAGGGGUCAUUUUUCACAUGCGAUUUCCCUCUGUGGGGCUGCUUUGGGAGCAGGGAGUUGAUUUUUAUAUGUAUAUAUUUAUCUUCAAAUGCAAUGAGUUUAUUUUCCUUUUUAGGUAGUAAAUGUGGCUAAUAUAGCCUUAAUACAUAAUAUUUGCUUGGAUGAGGUGUGGAGGAGUGGCUUGAUGAGGAUUAGUAGGUGAAAUAAUUGCACAGUUAAGUGGACAUUUGUUUUCAGUUAGUACUAGAAGGAACGAAAUCAAUGAAUUAAAUCAACAAAUAACCAUUAAGUCAAAUUAAAAAUGACUUAAUGUUUUCGUGACUGGUCAUGUGUGCAGAAAAUUAGCAAAUUAGCUAUAUAUGAUAUGUGUGAAAAUCCAUAAAAAUAAUAUUUAAGGGCAAGGAAAAAAAAGAUGGCAAAAAUGUUUUCAUGAUGUUAAAAUGCCUAAUAUAAUAUAUAUAAAAAAAAAAGUUUUUUUUUUUUAUAUAUAUAAUAUAAUAGGCAUAUAUAACUGUUCUUUUGGUGAAAAAUGCCUUGAGGCAAUUUAGGACUUUUCAUCCCUAAUGAUGUUUUCUUUUCCUCAAAGCCUAGUAGAAAUGUUUAAAAUUGGCCUUAUUAUAAGGCCAUUUGUUGGUUUAGUUUUUAUUAGAGUAUGAAUGCACAGCAUCACUUUUUGCUGUUUCAAGAAAUAGCCUUUAGAUGACUAUAUUUGAGAAUGUUUCUAUAAAAAUUAUGAGAACCAAAUUAAGGUGUAUUAACUUCAAUUAAAAAAAAUACUGAAUCAUUGCUACGGGCAGUUACUUUUUGAAAGUUCUGCUAUUUUAACUAAAGCUGAGAAAUUUGUAGCUUGCAAAAUUGCAAUAUAGUUCUGUUUUUUACUUCCCCAAAUGAAUAGAGACAUUUUAUCAUGAGAAACAUAACUUGUCAUAAGAUCUUGGUCUUGUAUGAGAGUGACUGAAAUAGGUAGGCAAUUUCCUGAAAUUUGUUCCUCUCUACGACUGAAAGCAGGACCCAUUUCUAAGUGUACUUUGAGUAGAAUUAUAAAAGUUUAAGGAAAACUCAGGAACACAGGGAUUUUUAUGGUUCUGUCCCUGUCCUUUAAGUAUUCACCUAUGCUUUGGACAGGCCAUAUAAUUGUAGAACAUUCUAGUAUGCUUCUCCUUAGGAGAAACUCAGGAAUUGAUAUCUAAGCAUUCUAAUGAUAGGGGACCAACUAGAGCCUGGAGCAGACCUCCAAAGCCAGAUCAUGACCAGAAUCAGUGCAUGGAGCACUUUUUCCUCUGGUUAGAAAUUUUCUCAGGACACCUUCAGGUCUAGGAAAAACUGUUGGAGUCUUUGUUAAUUCACUAAACAAAUAUUUACCGCACACUGUACUAGGUGAUAGGGAUACAUGGUUAGCAAAACUGAUGCAGUUCCUGUGUUUUACUGAGCUUCCAGUCUGGCUGAUGUAGGAUCAGAGAGCAGUUAAUAAAUCAUCGCAAUCCAACUUUAGGGCCGUAAAAGGCACAUGCAUGCACGGGAGAUAAACUAUGCUGGUAGUUCUGCCUGCUUGGGCUGUUUAUAAUCUAGCCUGAAUCUUGUAUCUAGGACUGAUAUUUAGCUGAUACUCACCAGUGUGGCUGUACUGGUAGUUAAACAUGUUGAAAUAUUUUCCUGUCCAAGCUCUCCCACUAUGACCACCCUGAACACAUUGGUCCCUUCCUCUAGACCCUUACAUUUCUUCAUGACCCCAGACAUACAAAGGGCCUCUAGAACCCAACUCCAAUACUACCUGUGCUGUCCAUAUGAGUCGUUCAAUGUUUUGACUCUCACUUCUGCUUGUAUCCACUUCUGUAUUAAGAUUUCUGUUCCAAAAAUCUGCUUUAUCUUGCCACUCCUUCUGUGUCAUGAAAACCUGUUCUUGAAGCUCAGACCUUUAACUGGACCUCAUGCCCUGUUAGUCACUUUCCUUAAUUUUCUCUUGCCUUGUUCAGUAUAUUUAUUUCUUUGUGUUCCUUAAGGGCACUUGCUUCCGGCGAUACGAUCCAGAUGCAGGCUGACUUCUCAAUUAUUGGUUGCCAUCAAAUUAGUGAUCUGAGACUCUAAAGAGAAGUGUUGGACAUUGAUUACCCUGAACAUUUUACUUUAUAUUAUUCCUGCUUUAUAUAUCAUAUCAGAUCCCAAAAUUACUGAUAGUGCGUUGUGCUUCAUAACAAAACAGUCAGUUCUGUUUCAGACACUGAGGAGUUACACACUUUAAAGUUUAAAUGUAGAAAGGGUCCAGGCCCUGAGAAGACCACCUGUCUAUGUGAAGUUUCCUAAAUUUCUGUGAUAGAGCUUUAGCCAUGUAACUUAAAACUUUGUUACUUGUUAAAAUGACUGAGUACCUAAUAGGGAGCAUCCUAUUAUUAGUCAUUGCCACUCAGUAAUAGUAAUUGUACUGUUUUUAGUAUCUAUUAUAUGAUAGGCAUUCUACUAAGAGCUUUACUUACAUUAUCCUAUUUAAUUCUUCCAACAACCUUAUUGGUAAUAUCAUUAGCAAAUAUACAAGGAAAUAAAAGUAUAGAGAAGUUAAAAAAUCUUGCCCAAGGUCAUACAGCUAGUCAGAGUUGACAUUCAUAUGAACUCAGUCUGAGGUCAGAAUCUGUGCCAUUAACCUAGGGCUACAAGAUUUAGCAAAUAAAAAGACAGGACACCAGUUAAAUUUGAAUUUCAGGUAAACAACCUUUUUUUUUUUUUUAGUAUAAGUAUGUCCCCAUGCAAUAUUUAGGAUAUAUAUUGGGACAUACUUAAAAAAUAUUUGUUGUUUACCUGAAAUUCAAAUUUAACUUGACAGCAAUGUUUGUUUGUUUGUUUGUUUUUUAACCCUACCUUAUACUUUUUUCCAGAGUGAUACACAAAGCAGAGAGAACAUCAAAUGUGGAGAAGGAAAAGUGGGGCAGAAUAUGGAAGCAGAGAAUUGAGGGACACAACAACAGGACAAAAGAAUAAGAAAUACAGAGCCGAAGAUCAAAGAUAUUAUUUUGUAGUGUCCUUACCCAGUGGUUAGUUACCCUGAAGGAGAGCUGGGGAGAAAGGUUCUUCUCCUAGGAACUCUAUAUCCUAGCAGAGCUUUUCUUCUGUUAGGUGUGUAGUGACACCCCUGUUUCAAUCCUGUUGCAUGAGUAAAGCAUUCAGAGAAACAGGUAGGAGGAGAUAGCUAGAAAGAACAAAGGAUUUGGAAUGAGAAGAUUUGGGUUUUAGUGAAUUUCCAACUCAGCCACUCACUAACUGCCUGACAAGGCACUUUGCUUCCCCAAGUCUCAAUGUUCUUAUCUAGAAAAAAAAGGGUAGCAACAUUUGCUACAAUUAUGUCACAGUACUGUUAUGAGGAUUAAGAGGGAAGUGGAAAGACUUAGUAAACUGUAAAGGAUUAUGCAGAUAUAAGGCCUUAAAAAUUAUAACAAAUAAAUGAAUCACCAUGUUCAAGAUUGGGGUAGGGGAAAUAUUUCCUUUUUUUUCCAACUUAAUUAAUACUUGUAAUAAGCCCUUUCUGAUCACAGGAACACCUGAAUGUAAAAUAACAGCUGGGUGUCUGCACAUGCUGCUAGUGUUUACUACUGGGAGAAGCCACUUUUAUGUUCCACUAAGAUAAUGUUAUAUGAAUAAAUAGAUUUGCCCGAUUUUUCCCAAAUGCUUGAGAAACUCUAUAACAUUCUGAUUUAAAGUUAUAUUUUUUAUAGAGAGGGAAAUUUAUUUCUUGAAGGGAAAUAAAAUUGUAAACACUAGAUGAGAGAAACAAAAACUUUUUAAGAUUAAUGCACAAUAGCUCCUAUUUCAUUGAAGUGUAGUGAGGCCAAUGAGAACCUCUGUGCUGAGAGUCACUGAAAAAAGAUUAAAAAAACCAAACCCGUUGCUGUCGAGUGGAUUCCAACUCAUAGCGACCCUAUAGGACAGAGUAGAAUUGCCCCAUAGGAUUUCAAAGGAGCCCGUGGUGGAUUUGAACUACUGGCCUUUUGGUUAGCAGCCGUAGCUCUUAUUCACUACACCACCAGGGUUUCCAAGAGUCACUGAAGGGGUGGUAUAUUUCAGCAGCAAAUUCUGUAGCUGUAGUAGUUUGUUUUUCUAAGUGAAUGUAAUAUUGGCAGAGUUUAAGACACCACUUGAGAGAGGUGACUCUAUUCUGUCAAAAAAGUAUGACAUGAGGACUGUGCAAUUGGUGAAAUCUGUUCCUAGCAUCUCUAGCAUCUCUAGUCUUCCCACUCCAGACCUUUUAAUAAUAUCAGUUAUAAAUAAUAGAGGCCCUACUGUGGUAAUAGAUAUUUUACCUGCUUUAUAAGGUUGUCGUAAGGAUGAAGUAUGAUAGUGUAUAUCAAGUAUCUGGUACAAUGCUUGGUUCAUAUUAAAUACUCAAUGAAUGACCGGUGUCAUUGUUGUUAUUUUUAUUUGGAUCUCAUUAUUCUCACUUUAAACAUGAGCAAACAGAUUUCUUCCAUCCUGUGACUUCAGGUACUUAGUUCUUUUCGUCUCCAAUAAAAAACCACUCUAAGAUAAGAGUCAUUUCUAAUUGAAUAUGAAUAUGUUAGUGUUCCUUCUGCCAGGAGGAAACCCUGGUGGUGCAGUGGUUGGUUAAAUAGUUCAGCUGCUAACCAAAAGAUCGGCAGUUCACAUCAACCAGGAACUCCUUGGAAACCCUGUGGGGCAGUUCUACUCUGUCCUAUAGGGUUGCUAUGAGUCAGAAUUGACUUGACGGCAACAGGUUUUUUUUUUCCAAAAGGGUCUGCAUUAUAAGCCUAAAUUCCCAGGGUGGAACAACACAUUGUAUUCUCUGGGAAAAGGAGUUCGGGCUUCAGCCACUCCAUAUAAUGGAAAUUUUGGGCCCUAGGCAUCCCUGAAUCUGCUUAGGUAUAAAGUCAGUCAGUGGAGACAAUGAGGCCAUAACAAUUUUACAAAAUAGGAGCUAAUGCUUUUUCCUUAGAUACGGUCUCAAUAUUUGAGGCUUAGGGAGGUUUGGGGGUAGAUAGCUUCCAGAAGUAUAUGACAAUGGUAGAAGGUCUGAUAGAGGAAAAAGAAAGGAGGUACUUUUCAUGAACUCUUAGGAGAUCUCUGCUUUCUAACCUUAGGUAUUGUAGAGUUCCAGGACAUCAUAGAUGAAAAAUCUCGUAGAGAUCAUCUAGACUGGAGAUUUUCACCCUUAAAAAAAAUCCAGGGAAUUAAGUCUCUCAUUCACACGCACACGCACACACACGCACACGCAAGUUUAUGCAGUAGCUCAAUAUGCAAAACAGAAAAUCAGAGCAUCGUUCUGAUCGAAAGAGGGAGAAUGAAAAUUCUACCCCCCUCCCUACAUUUAGGCAGCCCUUGGUGAAACUCCUGAUAAUGGUUUGAAAAUUAUUGAUCUAAUUCAUCACUAUUACUGUACAGUUGGAAAAACAAAAAACAAAAAAAAACUGAUGACCAAAGAGAGUAAAAGAACUUGUCCAAGCAGCUAGUGAAUGACCAAGUGGCACUGGUAUCUAGGUCUUCUGAUUCCCAGCCAUUCCAGUUUGCUUUCAUCUUAAAUCUGUCAAAGUACCAGACUUUUUAAUGCUAGCAAUACGAUGAUUUCACAGGCCCACGUUUCUUCUCUAUUACUGUAUGUACCAAAAUCUUAUCAUCACCAGUGUCUGUAGGAACUUCUAAACUGUGAUACUAAUGUCAGAAGUGGCAUGUAUGCUCUCAUAUAGUGGGUGAAGUCUUAUCGUUGCUUCUUAAUCCUCCUUCCGUUUCUUGGCGUAGCUGCUUCUGUUGUACUCCACUCAGAGAGGUCAGCUGUCAGACAAUCACCGGGAGUAAUUUAUCAUUUCUCACACCGACCCUCAGAUUCAUUAAGAAUAUGGGUUGAUACACCAUAUAUUUUAUAGACUUACUUAUUUUUGUAACUUCUCAAAGGGAAGUAACAGCGUUAGAUGACUAAUGGAAAAUUCAGCGAUGAUUUUCCCACUGGUUUAGUUUUACGGACUGAGCAGUGGUGAGGAAAUAAUCAAGUGAGUAAAGGAAAGGCCAUAAAGUAGAAAGGAUAUAAAAAUGCAGCAAGUGCAGAACGUAGGAAAGCAAAUCUAUUAAAAAUUAAUCUAACCACCAUUAUUUGAAUGGGCAGCUAAAUGUAUUUGCUUUAUUAUUUCUUCCACUUAAGAUAAUUAAAACUGCUGUUUAUAUAUAAGUAUAUAUGGGACACUCUCUUUAGUAGUGCUAAUAUUGUCCAGACAAAAGAGGACAAGAUACAUUUCACUACUUCUUAUAUUUAAGGAUCUGGAGGGACCAGAUAGUAAGAACUGAUAGCUGGCUGAUGUAGAGCAAUUGUUGAACUAGCAAGUAUGAAGAACCCUAGGUGAAAGAAGAUCCCAAAAAGGGCUGGAAAAGAUUUUCAUGAGGUCUACAGAGAAAUUAUAUGUUUGUAGAACAGUACGCUUCUUACAGCCCAUUUUUGAACCUGGCAUGUGCAUAGAUAGGAAAACAUGGUCAGAAAUGGUGUCUUGCCCAAGACCACACUUUAUUUUCUUUUCACCUAUAUCCAUGAACAAUUCUGUUUUUUCCCUAAACUUUGAAUUGUCAAAUAAUUUUUGUUUUACAGAAAAAUUGCAAAGAUAGAACAUCCAGCUUCCCUUAAUGCUAACAUUUACAUAACCAUGAUGCAUUUAUCAAAGCUAAGAAAUUAGCAUUGUUAUAAUACUAUUAAAUCAAUUAAAUAAACUGCAGAUUUUAUGCAGACUUCUCUCUUUUUUUCCACUGUUGCCCUUUUUACUGUUCCAGGAUCUAAUUCAGGAUCCAUAUUGCAUUUAGUUGCCAUGUUUCCUUGGUCUUCUCCAAUAUAUGAUAGUUUCUUGAUCUUUCCAUGUCUUUUAUGACCUUGACACUUCCGAAGAGUAGCGGUCAGAUAUUUUGUAUAUUUCCCUCAAUUUUAGUUUGUUUGAUGUUUUCCAUUAGACUGAAUUUAUGGAUUUUUUUUUGAAAAAUACCACAGACAUGUGCUCUUCUCAAAAUAUUAUAUUAGGGGAUAUAUGACAUCAACAUGACGUAUUACUGAUGCUUUAACACUAAUCUCCGGAUUAAGGUGGUGUUUGACAGAUAUAUUCACUUUAAAGUUCCUGUGUCAUAUACUAUUUAUUAGAAGUGGGUCACUAAGUCCAGCCCAUACUCAAGGGGAGUGGAAUUAACCUCCCCCUCCCAGGAGGAGGAAUAUUAAAGAGUUUGUGGAUAUGUGUUCAAACUACCACAGUAAUAACUUUUUUUGCAGGUGGUUAGAUAGUUUGAAGCUAUGUAAAUAUCCUGUUUCUCCUUAAAGUUUUGCCCACUAAUUUUAGGAUUCGUUACUGGAUCUUGCCUGGAGUAGUUAUUACUGUUUUUCUAAUGAUGAUUUUCUAUUUCCCUCAUUCCUUCUACAUUUAAUUGGAACUUUUCUGUAAGGAAGAUUUGCUGCUUCUUCCCCAUUUAUUUAUUCAACCAUUUAUUUGUAGCAGUAUGGACUCCUGGAUAUUUAUUUUAUUAUUUGAAUAAUAGUCUCUAUCCUGCAUCUUCCCCAUUCUUGGUUUACUCUCUUAUUUGGUGACUUGUUUCCUCUAACAUCUUUCUGAUAAAGGGUGCAUCAAGGCAAAUUUUUUGAGAACUUGCAUAUGUGAAGAUAUCUUUACCUUCACUCUUAACUGACAAUGGGGCCAGGAAUAGAAUUUUAGUUUGAAAAUAAUUUUCCUCUAAUAAUUUUAAAGACACUGUUUCAUUAUCUUCUAACUUUCAGCAUUGCUAUCGAAAGUCUUGAUCUAGAAACUCAUAAUAGUCUUCAGUUUUGGUAUUUU